CGGCUCAAACCUGCCCUGUUGCCGAGUGGGUGGAAUUGUAAAGAAAGUGUCCCGCUUCUUCUCGCUUGCGGCAGUUUUCCAUCGUGGAUGCAAUUUACACCUCCAAGACGUGUACUGCCUUUAAGUGAGGCUUUGAAAGAUGAUGGUAAAAUGGUGUUUAAAGUUUGCCGCACAGACACACAGGUGGCGUACCGGCUGGUGCUGCCGAUGAUGGUCAGGAUGUGUAUUUAAAAUGCGGUGCACACGUGUAUAGGCGAAUGGAAAAGGAGUUUUGAAAGCGGGUGAGAAAAGGCAAACAAAGCGAAGACAAGAUCAGCCCGAACACGUGUCCAAAUCUGCGCGUUUGGAAGAGCUUGCUUUCCCGACUACUGUGUGUGUGUGUGUUGGUUCGUUGGCAAAGGCAAGUGGUGCUGCUCCGUGGCGGCGGUGUUGGUGGUGUUGGUGAGCGAACGGGAAAAUUUAUUUAUGUUUGACCAGCUACGUCGGUGGUGGAGGCGAAUCGUCGUUAGCAGCAGCAGCGGUGGCGGCGGCGGCGGCGGCUACGGUAUGGCCAUGGCCGCGAGGAAGCUGAAACCGUGCUUCAGCCAGAUAUCGAUAGCGAUUGACAACGACAAAUGGGCAGCAUCGUCCACGGAACCGGACUGGCACGAGGAAAUGCUCAAGUACCGUCAAACACGGUACAGCUCCAGACGUAUUCGGAAGCGAGUAAUCUUCAAGCAGGGUGACUGCAACGUAAUUCAAGGAAAUGUAGCAAAAAGACGUCGUCGUUAUUUACAGGACAUUUUUACCACUCUGGUCGAUAUUCAGUGGAGAUGGACGCUGUUUGUAUUUGCCUGCUCGUUCAUACUGAGCUGGUUAGGGUUCGCAGCUAUUUGGUACCUGAUCGCCCUGAGCCAUGGAGACAUUCAAGCGGUGGGCGAUGAAAGUCACAAACCGUGUGUAACGUACAUUUAUGGCUUCACGUCUGCCUUCCUGUUUUCGCUCGAGACACAGCAUACGAUAGGUUACGGCAAUCGGUACAUCACCGAGGAGUGUCCGGAAGGCAUCUUCAUUCUCGCCCUGCAAAGCAUUACCGGCGUCUUCAUCCAAGCAUUUAUGGUCGGCAUCGUGUUUGCGAAGUUGUCCCGGCCGAAAAAGCGUGCCCAAACGCUGCUAUUUUCCAAGAACGCUGUCAUCUGCCAUCGGGACGGUAUGCCAUGCCUGCUGUUUCGUGUUGGCGACAUGCGAAAGAGCCACAUUAUUGAAGCGCACGUGACGGCUCAAAUCAUACGUCGGAAGGUCACAAAAGAGGGAGAAGUUCUGCCAUUUUACCAGCAAAACAUGGAGGUCAGCUGUGAUGGGGGUGACGAUCGGCUAAUGUUUAUUUGGCCGACGAUCGUGGUGCACAAGAUCGAUCGGGAUAGCCCACUGUACGGUUUGUCCGCUCAGGAUAUGCUGAAGGAACGUUUCGAGAUCGUUGUCAUGUUGGAGGGUGUGGUGGAAUCGACCGGUAUGACCACGCAAGCACGCAGCAGCUAUCUACCGUCCGAGAUUCUAUGGGGACAUCGUUUCGAGUCGGUGGUAACGUUCAAACGGGAAACAGGAGAAUAUGAGGUUGAUUACACGACGUUCAACAACACGUACGAAGUGGAUACUCCUCUGUGCAGUGCUCGUCAGCUGCGAGAGGUGAAAAAGGAAUUAAACAAACAGAAUGGAGUAACAGAAGCGUCUUCCGAUACCGAUGAAUCCGACACAUCGUCGGUGGAAGUGUCGUCCCGCAAGAACUCGCUCAGCAACGGCUACCUUCGCUUCACGCCAGUGUACGCGAACACCAACGAGCAAACGAACGGUGCGGCCGGUGACACGAUGGCACUCCCGCCCGCCAUUAUCACAGCUGGUGCUGGCGCCCCGACCGUUUCACCCGGAAGCGAGCGCAAGAAAAACUUUCGCAAGCUGUCUAUCAAGGAACCGUCGAUGGAUUCCCUCUGCUAGUACCAAAGUCGUCGCGUCAGAGCGGGUGUGCGCGAGUGCCACGGUGCCGCAUCCUCCCGUUCAGUUCCGUCUGCCCGUUCGUCGUCCAGUGCCAGUGGUCGCAGAAACAAAAUCCAAUCGUGACACGAAUGAAAGAUCAACC